UAUCCUGACUGGAUACCUUAACCCUUUGAAGAUGAGAUCCAUCUUCAUAUCCGGAUUUUCCGACACUUUGGAUUGGAGGCCCCUGUACUUCCAAGAGUCCUCCGUUGAGAACAUUGUAUGCUCCCUGUGUGGCCUGGUUUCGAGAAAUGUUGUCAGAUUGCGCUGUGAGCACACACCCUGCCCGGAAUGUCACGAGGAGUCCCAGAGGCGAGGGAGUACUUGUCCACUGGAUGAAGAAUCCUUCGCCGACGAUAACAUUCUUCACCUUGAUAUCUCGGGAGGUUACAUCCUGAACCAUACGGUAGCCUGCGUCAAUGCACCCAAUGGUUGCGACUUCAUAGGUCAUGCUUCCAGACUCGUGGAUCACUACAAGCAGUGCUCGUUUCACGUCGUGCCUUGCCCCAGGUGCGAAUCAGCAGUGCUAAGGACUGAGCUCGUGGGUCACUGUAAAGACGGCUGCAGUUCUGCGUCCACUACACCCGUGCCCAUUCCGUAUUAUAUGAACGUGAAUUAUGAUCAUUUAGAAAUUACAAGCAGUGAACGGAAAAGAGAGAUGCUCAAGAUAUCCCAGGAUCUCUCUCGUCUUCAGACUAGCCUCAACCAGUGGCUUGAGGAAGUCCGAACGUUGGAGAAAAACACACACAAGGAUCUGAAGGACGAAAUGUUCAAGAUCUCUGACCAUCUCUCCGGUCUGCACACUAGUGUAGAAAAGUGCAGGGAAGAUGCGAGAGAAGCGGCCAGAAACACCAAAGAGCAGUUGGAAGCUCAAUCCUCGAGACUUUCCGAGCAGUUGGUCAGAAUCGAAACUCAAGGUUUUGCUGCAGCAAACAAAGAACUGAAAAUUGCCAUUGAAGACACAAUGAAGACGCACAUUGCUCAGGAGUUACGUGUACAAUACGAAGAACUCAUGAAUGUUACGAAGAGUGUAUCUAAAUGCGUGCUUGAAUUUGGCGGAGCCAAGGAAUUUCACUGGUACUUUAAAGGCUGGGAAGACUUCAAAAAGAGAUCAUUAGACAAAAUGUAUGCCUUCACUGACAGCCCCUUAAAGUAUGUAUGUGGCUAUAAUGUGUGCAUCCGUAUUCGGUUGGAACUAUUUCCGUACUGCAAGUAUUUAGCGAUGGGUAUGUGUAUCCAUCCAGGUGUCAACGAUUCAAAGCUCGGAUGGCCUUUCAGCAAGACUUGCACGCUCGGUGUCAUUCAUCCCAAGGACAAUGCGAAAAAAGAGAUUCAUGUAGUCGAUGCAAGUGAAUAUGCGAAGAGCUGGUGCUUUCAGAUGCCAAAACAAGGCAGUAAUCUUUGCAUUGGAGGACGGCCCCUCAGAACCAUUAACGAGCUCGAAACGGAAGGGUUUGUUAAUGACGAUUCACUUCACUGUUUCUUCCAAAUUGAGCCGUAAUGUUCUUUUCCGGUAGGUUAAUAAUUUAUUAUCGAGAGGAGCAAAAAAUGUUCUGCUGCCUG